CAUUUAGCUUCGACAAAGUGUCCGGUUUCAGUCUGGCACGACGAGCGUCGGUUGCAUUUAGUAUUUAUUCAUGUAUCGGUGCGCGCAGGUUCUAUGCGCGGGGCGGGCGCGGGCGCGCGGCCCCGGGGGGCAUACUUACUACGUGAUUAAUCCGCGCCCCUCCCCCCGCGGCCGAGUGUCCCCCGGGCCCCUCGCGUGGGUCGGCCGGGCGCGCCGUACUCGCGCCGGGUUUCCUCGUCCCCGCGCCUCACGGCCACUCACUACGCACGGAGCUCCGUAGUGCCGCCGCCGCCAGUCGCGUUGCGACCCGCGUCGUCGUCGCACCUCAUUUGCGUCCUCUCGUGACGACUCAUGAUAUCAUUCAUGCUAAUCUCCGCCCGUUGAUUUUCCUGCCGAGUGACCGCAGUGAGACAGCCGCGAUAUCGCGAGUGCCGAAUGUUCGUGGACGUCACGCCCGUGUACUUUUCCAUAGGAGCGUGCGUGCAAAACCAGUUCUGAGACGGUGCCUCGGAUGAGAUCUCCGACCGAGCGUCGUGACCUGCGGCCUGAGAUGCUGCGCCCGUGACCGUCCAACGACAGUGCCACGAAACCUCGUCCAAUGAUCUCGGCGAGCCUCCCCGGCGAGGCGCUGGUCCAGCUGGGGCAGCUGCAGCUGAGCCACCUGUACCCGCCGGCCAACAUGACGCCGGAGUUCCUGGCGCCGCCGCCGCGCCCCUACCCGCGCUACCCGCCACGGCGCCCGCGCGACCCCAUGCCCCCGCCCGCGCCGAGCUUCGCGCCCGUGCCUCCUACGUACCCCUUCCUGCCGCACCCCGCGAGCUACGCGAGCUACUUGUACCGAGCGCGCGCGCCGCAGCCGUCCGCGUACCCUAUCCGGCCGAGGCCGUCGUCGGGCUUCGUGCCGCCGCCUCCCGCGCCGCACUCCCCGCACUCGCCGCCCGUGCCGGCGGCGGCGCCCCAGCCUCCUCCGCGAGAGGAACCUCCACCAUCGCCAGAAAGAGGCGCACCGGCCCCCUACUUCUGUCGCGGCGCGUUAAUACGACUGGAAGACGGUACCCUGCGGCGCGUAGAAGAGAUGCGCACAGAAGACUUCGUGAUGAGUUCAGAGAGAAGCGGCGAGUUGGCGCUGACGCAGUGCACGCUGCUGCGGCUGGAUGAGCGCGGGGAGCGGCUGGCGCUCACCCUCACAUACGAUAGGAACCGCUCACAGGUAGAGCUAGAGUCCACAGUGGAGCACCCAUUCUUCGUGUACGGCAGAGGAUGGGCGUCAUGCAAGCCUGAGCGCACGCUCGCACGGUACGGCCUCCACGUCCAGAGACUGCAAGUUGGCGACGUCUGUGUCUCGCUUGUUGCAAAGAAGCACACUACCCCGACCACUGCUUCCAUGGGUCCCUCGGGCCCCGGGGGUCCCGUGGGGCCCAGCCUCGCCCCAGCCCCCCCACAAACGCACCCAGAGAACCUCAGUGUGAAGGAAGACGCGCGCAAACGUCGUUGGUCCGCGUCUGACGUAUUCGAAGAAGGACCGCCUUUGAAGAAACGUUGAAUUGAUUCUAAUGGAACUGAAUCGAUGCGUCUACUAAUAGGGGUCUACAAUGAUUUCAUUAAUCGACGCUUUUAAUGCACAACCUUUUAUAAUGUUUUAGAAUUGUUUCUCAUUUAGAUGAGAUCCAAUUCACAAUAUUCUAAAUGUGAAACUUUGUAAUGCACCCGGAACGUUUAGCUAGUUGAUAUCGUGGGAAAAGCUUAUGUAUUUUUAUACCAGGUAAUUAGAUGCUGGAAACUCCAUUAAUGUAUAUAGAUAUAAACUAUGUUUACAGACUAUAAACGCAAGAAGGUAAUGCAUUAAAAGUGAAGGUUAUAUCUGUACUCUGAACCGUUAAAUCUGUACAGGCACAAAUCGCCCAGUGAUUUGGUGAGAAAGAAAAAAAAAGAGAACGUUCUUUAUUCUUUUCCAUUGUUUAGUAAUUUAAUAUGUUUGUACGCAUGGUUAAUAGUGGUAACAGAGUCUAUAGCGGCAGGCCACAAUCGUACGCUUAUUCUAUUCGGAAACUAGGUGCUUUUUUCUGUCGGGUGCUUCUAUACGCGUUUGUGUACAAUUGUAAAUAUGUAACUUAGGUACAAUCGGACGUUGUAGUGUUAUGUGUCUCAAAGUUGUUGUGCUACUUUUUAUGUAACUGGCAACAUUCCUCAUAGACUCCCAAAGCUAUGCAAAACCCUCUUAAGCAAUGCUGAACCUCUUGAGUUACGUAGCAACUAGAGCAAGUAAGUCAGUCAUCUAACACGACAUUGACUUUAACAAUAAAAUCUGCCAUUUUUAACGGACCGGCAUAUCCAUUUAUUAGGUAGACAGAUAAGUAAAUUAUUGUCUGUCUACUUAAUAGAUUGAUAAAUUCCGUUUUAAUUGUCAGUUACUUUACCUUUCUGUCACUUUAUCAUCAUUUCGUUUGUUUUACAAACAGUAUAGAUCAACGAGAACAGGGUAAAAACAUUACAAAAUUUAACCCAGAUAAAAUAACUGAAUAUUUGAAUGCUUGUAAAUUAUCAGAUACAAUCGAUAGUCUUGCGUUUCCUGUGACGUAGUACGACAACUAUGUAUGUACCUACGUAAAUGUACUCUUUCCACACUAGUGAAAAAAAAAAAUCAAAUAUUUUGUUUGAUUUUUAUAUAAGCUUAGAUGCGUGCUGCCAGUUACAGCUUGUAGUAAAAUCGUUAACUUAUUCAACUCUUUAAUUUUUUUUAAAAAAAAAGCUCUCGUUUAUGCUCACUAGGUGCUAAUAUUGCUGCAAGAUACCUACAACUAAGUCUAUUGUGGGAAAAACAUAUUAUAAACAAACCAGUUUCAAAUUAAAAACGUGAUAUAAAAUAAAACUUAACGAUUUACAACCAAACUAAAUUAUGCAAAAACUACCAAACAUAAAACCUUUUUGGAAGUCGGCUAAAUAGAAAUUGGCCAAUCCAAUAUAAAAAACAUCGCUUCGUAAUACAGAAUCAUGUUAAAUUUUGUCUUUUCGAAUGAGGUGAUGUAAUAAAAUAUGUGCACAAAUAUAAAAAAAAACACAUCAGAUCUUAAUGUAGGUUAGAUAUUGUGAUAACUAAUGAGAUUUAAAAUCUUAAGUUAAAAAAGAGCAUGUUACACACAAAAAAAGAAUACAACUGGUACAAUGAAUGUUAUAGCUUGGCAACUUCGUUCGUAACGCACCCGAUGUACCGCGCGGGGCAGGGGACGUGUAGCGAUGAAUGAUAAACCAACGACUGAUGCACGUCACUUUCCCGCACGCACGAUUUCACACGCAGUCUUUCCCCCUGUCACCCGCAUAUCAUGGGAGUGACCAGUCUAUAGUUUCGUGGUGUAUUUAAAUCUGGACACAUUUAAGUGACACCGGAUUUUUUAUUGCAAUCGGAUUAAAAUUACUUACAACGACAUAAGUUCGCAAGUCGUGACGUCACGACUUGCAGCUCGCAGAGUGAAAUCACCAUUCGUAGCUUGCAGCGUGACGUCACCACUCGCAGCUUGCAGUGACGUCACCACUCGGAGCCUUCGUGACGUCAGCUAUUUAGCUUUGCGGUAUGAUGCAGUAUAGAAACCAGUCAAAAAUAUGAGUUAAAUCGCGAAUAGUGUUUUUGAAAUUUAUGAUGUCAGAAAAAUCACUAUUAUUAAUGUAAUCUUUCCAUAAUCAGUGGGAUAGCAGUGAGUUUAUGUGUAACUGCUACCAUAGGUAAAUUUGCUAUCAAUGAAUGAAUCGAUAUUAUAUAAAAUGUAUCUGGCUUAAUGGUUUGACCUUCAAUAAUUCAAACGGGGUUUAAUAAUUGUUUGCCGCCUCUAUGUAUCUUCGAGUUCAAGUUUACUGUAAGGUCUGUAAGGGUUGUUAAAAGUAAAAGUUUGAUGUUAAAUUUGUUUUCAUAAGCAGUCGCCUAUGUUAUUCUUUCUAUGGUUGUGACUGCAGACAUAUCUAGUUCAUCAGCUUGUAGCUAUGUGCGAAGUUUAAUAUAAAUUGUGUAUCUGUUCCAUAUUAAAGUCCAAAAUAUCGCUCACCUAAUGAAGAAGAGAUUAUUGUAAUACAGUAUCUUGGUUAGGAGGAUAUAGAGUUGUUAAGUCAUACUAAUAUAUCCACUUGACACUUUUAAAACCAACAACUCGCAAAGCGACUGCGUUAAAAUUAUGUUAAAUCAACGAUUUUAAAAGCUGUUUACCUACGCCUUGUUUUAUCUUGACGAAUUACUAAAUUCACACAUUUUUUCCAUUAUGAAUUGAUUCUUCUGUUUGAGAAAGGGUAAAAAUUAAAGCAGUGCCAUAUUUUUACUUACCAACUUACUGAAAAUCUUUGUUUAGAUAGGUGAAACAAUUAUGACGAUCAUAAACAACUUAUAACAAACAUAAUAUUAUGUAGUUUUACUACAAGUAGGUAGGUACUAUGAGCUCAGAUAAUUACUUAAGGAAUAGACGUUACUUUACUGUCAAAGUAGGUAUAUGAUCAACGAUCUAAUGCGAUUAUAAAAACUGUCACUAUAGAAUCUAUGAUUCGUAGUAAUAAUCGUGUUCGUCGGUUGAAGAGCUCCGUAAAAAUUUGCUUUUCCUCACAAAUUGACAGACAAUUUUGUUCGUGAAUUUGGAUGCGAUUCUAGUCCUUUGACAAUUAGUCUUGAGACUAUGAGCUAUGGUUUUGUCUUGUUGGAAGUUGGUGUAUAAUUUGGCACAGGCACCCGAUUGUCAAUGUAGACAAUAUAUUUUGCGGUUUAGACUACAAUUUGAAGUAUUACAUUGCAUAACGUUAUUUCGAGUAUAGAUACAGAAUACGCUGUUUAAUGUUGUAACCGAGCAUAAGUUUCACAGAUAACCAUAAAAACUCAAUAUUUAGGGAAACAAAUAUAAAAAACUUGAUAAUGACUUAAAUAAUAAAUUACAUAACAUAGAAAAAACCUUGCAUUUGUGGCAAAGUCAAUCGGUCGUUUAGAUAUUCAGUAAAUAAUAUUGGUAUAUAGGGGAUGUUAGUUUGUCUGAGUCGAAGAAUUUGACUUGUGAAUUCAGACCAAUGCACUUCUUCUUGUCAACUUAGUAACAUCCCCAAUACAUAGAAUACGAUUAUUCUGUUAAUGUUCAGUGUUUAGUAUGUAUAAGGAUUUCGACUACUGUAGGUUCUCUGCUGAACUCUUCUGACAAAUAAUCAAAUCAUGUUUAAUAUAAAUGUUGUUGAUACAAAUUAACGUUGAUCGCGCACUGCAAAAUGUCCGCAAGCGAUAACAUUAAUAGGGAAUAACUUACAAUACUACCAUCGCUCACAUUUUUAGAAAAUUAUUUAACAAAUAUCUGAAAAUAGCUUUAAAGUAUUUACGAUCUUUCAGAACUAAACACUUUUAUUCAAUGGGUCUUUUGUUUACUGGCGUAUUCGAAUCUAUACACCCUAAAAAUUCUAAGUAACAAAUUGAGCUCAUAUAUAUAUUAUACAUAAAUAUGCGUAUUAGUCCAUUAAAGUAAAACGAUAAUGCUGAAUUUCCUCUUUUGGUGACUUAAAAGCAAGAUACUUGUACCUUGUUAUUAAGUAUAUGUUGUAUUCGUUAUUCACUUACACACUGUGUCGCUUUAUAAUAAAGCUAAAUUUCUAAUUAAUCGAGCAUUUAAUUCACAAACUAUUCAUUGCUGAAAUGUUUUACUUUAUGACUCCCGUAAAACGGAAGUGUUCCACAAUCUUGCGGACCAUGUUACAGUCUGCGAUCAACCUAUAAAUAUAUUAAGAUAAAUAAAUAUCUAAUGGUCAUGGUUUUUAGCCGCCAUCUCUAUUGGUUUUUGACGUCCAUGUGUGUUACACAUAACUUUUCUACGAGAAGAUGUAUACAUAAUAAAUACACCAUCUGUGAUAUUUUGUAGUUAUUGGUCAGAGUAGGUAUGAAGUAUUGCUUGAUUAAAAAAAAAGAAAUAUAUAUGUUUUAGAAUAAUAGGUAAGAGAAGUGUAUAAUUAUCGUAUACUCUAUGGUAAUGCGCAGAUUAUAUAAACACUUAAAUAAAACAAGUAGUCUGUGAUUGAUAUACAUAUACGUUAUUGACAUAACGACAAAAGCAUGGCCAUAUCACUAUUAAAUUGAUUUUUAUGUGUUAAGUGAAGCAUAGUAACGUUUUUAAAAAACAUUAUAUGAUGUAAUUUAUUAUAUACUUUGCGUAAUACAAAAACAUAUUGUUUGAAACUCAACAGAUACCGUUAGCCUAAGAUUUGCACAAAUUGUACUACUAUACUAAAGCCAUACUCGAUGUGCAAUGUUUAUCAACAAACAAAUUAGAAAUGGAUUUAAUUUGACAUGUAUCAGAAUCGAAUUAAUUUCAUGCUUCUACAGUGUUUACUUAACGAAAUGUAUAUUGUAAACGGCAGUAGUAAAUAAUUUAGUCUUUAUAACAACGUACAUAGGGCACAUUUUAAUUUAACAUAAUGUUUUGUCUCUACUUCAACUAUUAGCAUGCAAAUUAUGCAUGCAACUAAUGAAUGUAGUAGGUACAGAACUUGCGAUUAUUGUAAAAGAACAACUAUCACACUAUUUGAAUAAAUAUCGCACUACUGGUUGUAUUAAAAAAAACAUUAUAAAAAAGUGUAUCGCCACAUUCAAAUAGAAGUUUUGUGUUUAUCGUAAUAUACUUUUCAUAAUGUUAUUCUGUUAAUGACGUAGUCCUAAGCCUAGGAUCCUUUUUUACGAUUCGAUAUUCUAUACUUUGUAUAAACAGACAACGCAGACAUAUUUUCUAAUUUUAAAUCAAAUGGAUUUUAUAUUUACAAAAAUGUCUGCUUUACGUAAACGUGUAUCGGUUUAUAUUCAAUUAAGUAGUUUUAAAAUAGUCUGGGAUUUUAAUUCUUGAAAUAUUUUCGAAUAUCAUAUUCACGGGCUUAAAACUUGUUGGAUAUAAACCGACGCACGGGAGGGUAAUGCCGUUUGCUUGUAAACGCAACUUAGUUUCGCCAGUAUUGAGACGCGACUAGCCAAUUCCUCUCCGAGUGUGCAUCGAAUAUCAGCCAAUAAAUAUAGAAUCAAAUGGUUAACCUUUGUGAAUGUUUCGUUGUACCCGUAAAUGUGACAUGCUUGUUGAUUGUAUGUUUAAUAUUAUCCGACCAUGUUAGCAUGUAAGCAUAGUCGACGGAUGGUGUUUGUAAAAAAAAAAGGUUAAUUUGUUGUAUAAUGUAUGUAAUAUUUUAGUUAUAUCGUCUUUAUUAUUAUUUUUUAAUUGUAAUGAAAGAUCUCAUUUUAUUAAUCGGUAUUUUCUAACAAGGCGCUUUCAUUAGAUCAUGACUAAGCCUACCUCACAAACUUUAAGACUGGGCUCAGUUGCGACAGAAAAGCGCGACUGACGCGGUGUAGCUCUCGCGCUCGUCGCGACUGUCGCGAGCCGGUCGCUAUCAAGUCUAAGCAAGAUCUCAAUUUGAUGAAAAUAAACUUUUAAAAAGACUGGGACGCUUUACUGAAUGUUGUGGGAUAGUAGUUUCUUCGAAGAUAUUACUUAAAUUAUGAAUAUAGGGGCAUUUAUUUUGUGGACGUGCGCUCGACGCUCCGUUCUCGUCAGGAUGGACAAUCGUUUAGUACAAAAUUCGUUACAAAAAAGUAUUAUUUCCCAAAACACAAAUUCGCAAAAACAAAGUAUUAAUUUAUAAUUUUACUGAAAGGUGCUAAGAAGUCACGAGCACAAUCAUGCUUGAUGAAAUAUACGUGUUAAGUAAUAAAAUCAAAGAUGGUCGCACUGAUUGGUGGUGAUUUUUUAAAUUACGGAUGCGACUGGGUGGAUCUUGCCUAUUGUUUAUAUGUUAUGCCCAAGUUUAAUGUUUAUUUGGCAAUAAGUAAACAUAAUCACACUCACUCGUAUGUACCAAAUUUAAUAUUACCCACAUAAUUAUGGACGACCAUCGGCGUUUUUACCUAACACAAAUAAAAUCGUCUUACUAAGAUUAAAUAAAUAAAUAAAUAUUGGCACAAUCCUUUCCGCGUCUUUAUUAUUAGUGCGUCAAUUAAUUUUAAUGUGAUUCCAUGCAGUAAAAAUUGCAUGGUCACCCAUUAAUUAAGUCAUUCCUUUGCACUUAUUUAUAAAAUAUCUCUAUUUCCCCUCUUCUAGGCACAAAAUUCGCUCCAGUGUACAUUUGCUUAGCAAAAAUGGGUGGAUUCCAAGAUUCAUUAAUUUUUAUCUAAUUGUUUAAAUUGACUAAUAGACUUAUAACAUAAUGCAAGACAAUUUGUUAUUGUAUUUUUAACUUUAUUGUAAAAUAUAAUAACAUAUUUUAUAAAUUUAAUGUUAUGGUUCUACUAAUAAUGUUGGGAUAUAGAAACCAUUAACUUAAUUAAAAAAAUAAUUGAUACUGUCUCCUAUAUUAGAAACAAAAUUGGUUGUUUAAUUUUUUGGUUGACUAUUAAAAUAUGAACCCAUAACAAAUAUCCAUAAUUUAAAAACAAAAUAAUGCAUUAUGUUAUACUAUAAUUUUCCUAGAAUAGUUUUCCCCUUUUGUAAUAUAAAAAACGAUAAUUUCCGCGAUUUAUCUAUCAUAUUUUCUAUGCUGGCAACAUCGCGUACUUUGCCGAUAUUACUGUACUUCUUUCAAAUCUAAUUUGUCGUGUUAAUAAGUGUUGAUAGGUGUAUCUGAAUGUUGUGUGACUGAUAAUUUAGGUGAUACAAAUAUAGUUUAAACAAUAGAAAUAUGGAAAAUAAAAGAUAAAAAUCGUUACUCAAAGCCGAGGUGGGCUAUUUUGUUAGUAUGACCAUUUCUAUUAAAAAUAUAAAUUAUGUUUUAAAAUUAGAACGCAUUUUUUUAUCUAGUAGAUUCUUUUGAUGAUUUAUUUAUGGUCACAUUCUCAAAUCAAUUCACAGGCAUUCAGUAGCGGUUUUUAAAGAUAGAAGGCGUCAAGGCUCUCAGUUCUAGCCCAUAGGAACUUUGUUUUAAGUAAAUGUUGCCAAUGUUUAGGUACGGCCAGUAAUGGUUUCCGUUUUCUUUUUAAAUAUUAUUUUACAAUAGCAACAUUAAGAAGAUUGUUUGACACAAAUGAUUGUGCCAUCCUCUGCAUUCGUGGAUUACGUAGAUUGUCUGGUGUUUCUUUUUUUCUUUUUGAUAAUGUACUGAUAAAAAAGAGGUCAAGCCUCGAUAAAAUAUUUGAUAUUAUUCACUCUACCAUAGAUAAUUUUGUGAUAGCAUAUUGAGAACAGAUUAAACAUAAAAUAUGAUUUCCCUGAGUUAAAUUUUUUGACCAAUACUUUUCAAAUAACUGUUUUCAAUAUGUAACAAAUUAGGGAAUGGUGAAAUGUUGUGUCAUUUAAUAAUAGAUAAAUAAAUAUAAAUUGUUAUAUAAUUAUAUGACGAAUAAUGCAAAUAUUAUAUAUUAUGUAUAUUUUAUUGUAUAGCGAAAUGAGUACUAUUUCAGAUUUAAUGUAAAUGAAAAAAUGUUAUAGAACGAUAUGUUAAAAACUAAGUUAACUGUUUGUAAAAAGAAAAGAGAAUAUGUAUAAAUGAAUAUUUGCUACAA